AUGGCUCGAUACGAAAUACGAAAUCUCCUAAUAACUGUUUUACACCAGGAACAGCAGGAAAGGGAAAUGUUAAAUCGUCAACAUGAAAAGUGUACCCGAGUUUGCCUGAUUACCAAAAGUGGAGAUUUGGAAAAUCAAAAACCUUUCUCGACACUUUUGGAAUUGAACAGGAAGCAAAAGAAAUCAUUAACGUGGAAUCUGGGUUCUGUCUCAACGUCGAGGGUUCUGAUGGCACAGGUAACAUUAAUACACAUGUUUGCGAGGAUAUGACAGACCAGUACUUUUUUAUUCGUUCCAAGGGGCAGCUGGUGAGUCAUGGAAGGCUGCAGGUUCAGGAAUCUGGACUUUGUCUUGAUGUGCAAAGUGGAAGCUCAGGCCCACGAUUAGGGGAUAAUGUUCGAAUAUACGAAUGUGAGAACAGUGCGGAUCAGUAUUUUGGUUUCUAUGAAAAUGGAGAAAUAGUAAAUGAAAAGUCUAAAAUGUGCCUAAAUGUCGCAGGUUUCGAUGGAAAAGGCAAUAUUGAUAUGCACGCAUGUGACUAUUUUGAUGAUCAAAAUUGGCUCCGACCUGUUCAGUAUUGCGAUGGAGACUAUUGCUCUUUCGUCAACAAAAAGUCUGGACAUUGCUUAAACGUUCAUGGAACGGCAGCCGGAAGCAACAAAGACGUUUACUCCCACAGCUGUACCGGAGAACGAGAUCAACGAUUUAAAUUUGUUACCGGGACAUGGGUUACUCCAACUACAUCAUGGUCCCUGGUAGGUUGCAAUGAAAACGGAGAAAUCACUCAAUCAAUAAGCAACUCAAUCGGCUAUUCAACCUCUGUCAGUGAAAGUACGGCAAUUGAGAUUGGCGCCGAAAUUGAAGCUGGUUGCUCCUUCGGUAGUGUCACAGUCAGUACCACUGUCUCACAAUCUCUAUCAAUGGAAUGGUCGGAGAGCCAAGAAAAGUCGGAAGCUAUUUCUUUUACUUGUCAAUUUUAUGAUAACGGGAAACCGUUCAAGGGAGGUUGUAUGUGGCAGGUAAAACUUACAACUGAGCAAACGACAAACGCCGACGAUGAAUUGGAGUGGAAGCCCCAGAUUGUGAGAUGCACAAAUAAAAAUACAGCGCCAACGUGUCCUCCAUUCGUCAGCUGCCAAGAUGAAGCAUGUACGAUGUGCGAGGGUACGGUGUUUGGGAAGAAUAAGCGCAAACAUCAUGCUAAACGAUCCUUUUGGAAAAAGAUGUCGAAGACACACAAGUCAUCAAGCUAG